AGCCGCCGUUUCCUCCUCCUUUCGCGCUCUAUCUACCCGGGAGGCCCAGCUCAAGCGGAGCUGUGCUCUGAUUGGUUCCUUUGAAAGUCCACGGGCUACCCGAUUGGUGGACCCGGGACCCUUUAGCGCGGAUCUACUAUACGUACUGAUUGAGUAAACAUGGAAGAUUAUACCAAAAUAGAGAAAAUUGGAGAAGGUACCUAUGGAGUUGUAUAUAAGGGUAGACACAAAACUACUGGUCAAGUGGUAGCCAUGAAGAAAAUCAGACUAGAAAGUGAAGAGGAAGGGGUUCCUAGUACGGCAAUUCGGGAAAUUUCUCUAUUGAAAGAACUUCGUCAUCCAAAUAUAGUCAGUCUUCAGGAUGUGCUUAUGCAGGAUUCCAGGUUAUAUCUCAUCUUUGAAUUUCUUUCCAUGGAUCUCAAGAAAUAUUUGGAUUCUAUUCCUCCUGGGCAGUUCAUGGAUUCUUCACUUGUUAAGAGUUAUUUAUACCAAAUCCUACAGGGGAUUGUGUUUUGUCACUCUAGAAGAGUUCUUCACAGGGACUUAAAACCUCAAAAUCUAUUGAUUGAUGACAAAGGAACAAUUAAACUGGCUGAUUUUGGCCUUGCCAGAGCUUUUGGAAUACCUAUUAGAGUAUAUACACAUGAGGUAGUAACACUCUGGUACAGAUCUCCAGAAGUUUUGCUGGGGUCAGCUCGUUACUCGACUCCAGUUGAUAUUUGGAGUAUAGGCACCAUAUUUGCAGAAUUAGCAACUAAGAAACCACUUUUUCAUGGGGAUUCAGAAAUUGAUCAACUCUUCAGGAUUUUCAGAGCUUUGGGCACUCCCAAUAAUGAGGUGUGGCCAGAAGUAGAAUCUUUACAGGACUAUAAGAAUACAUUUCCCAAGUGGAAACCAGGAAGCCUAGCAUCCCAUGUUAAAAACUUGGAUGAAAAUGGCUUGGAUUUGCUCUCGAAAAUGUUGGUCUAUGAUCCCGCCAAGCGGAUUUCUGGCAAAAUGGCAUUGAAUCAUCCAUAUUUUAAUGACUUGGACAAUCAGAUUAAAAAGAUGUAGCUUUCUGACAAAAAGUUUCCACAUAUUAUGUCAAGAACGAAUAGUUGUGUUUUUACUGUUAAUUCUGUCUAUUUUUGUCUUGUGUGUUUUUCUUUGUUGUAAAACUUAAGCUAUACUCCAUCCUCUGAUUUCAAAAAUAUAACUUAAGAAUGUAAAUAUUCUAUAUGCAUUUAAAUAUAAUAAUUCUGUAUAUGUGUAGAUCUCACUGUAACAACUAUUUGUUACUAUAAUAAAACUAUAAUAUUGAUGUCAGGAAUCGGGAAAAAUUUGAGUUAGCUUAAAUCGUAUCAUUCCUUAUGGCAGUUUUAUUUUUCUGUAGUUGGAACUACUAAAAUGUAAGAAUGUGUGCUAAGUUCAAGUUCCAUGAUGCAUGAUGCUUUGAAGUAUUUUUGUGUCUGAAUGUUUAAAUUUUUUUGUCAGUUUCUUGCCAUGUGGUAACUACACAACCUGCCUAAAGAUGAAUAUUUUUCUAUGGUAUUUUAAUUUGUGACCUAAAUGUUUAAGCAUUCAGAAUGAGAACACUACAGAUUUGAGAGAUGAUGCUAAAUUUAUAGGAGUUUUCAGUAACUUAUAAAACUAACAUUAGAGCAUGCCAAAGUUUGCUAAGUUUUACAGUCAAAGAUCAAGAGCUGUCCACAGCAGGGAAGAACAGUUUUGAAAAUUUAUGAAGAGUCCUAUUUUUAGGUAUGUUAUGAAAGCUUUUUAUCUAAGUAAAUUCUUAUGCUUUGGUCAGAGGUAAUUGUAUGAUGAAAGAGUUGCUUAUCUUGGCUUUCAAGAGUUGCUUAUCUUGGUUUUUAAUUUAUAACUACUUGCAAAUUUUGACGUAGUGUUUAUUAGCAGAAAAGGUUCUAAUGUACAAGUAUUUAGCAAAAUUCAUUAGCUUUGGGGAUUAAAUUGUUUAAUUAAUAA